AUGGUGCGGAAGUCGGUCCUCGUGUACGACCUGCUGAGGACGGAGCAGCCGGAAGAGGGCUUCUCCGAGAAGGAGAUCAUCGAGCAGAUCAGCAACAAGCACAACAUCACCGCUGGAAAGGCACUUCGGAAGCAAGUGACCGUGGCUCUUCGCCGUGGCCUCGAUUUUGGCAUUCUUGCCAAGAGGAAUAAGAAAUUUAGAUUCGAUCCCGACGGUGGGAAAGCGAACUUCGUGAAACGUAGGAUGGUGCCAGUUCGUCGAGUUCGAUCGCAGAGGAAGAAGAAUGAGAAACGGCCGACGAAAACGAGGCCACGGUCGAAAAGCGGGAGAAGUAAAAAGCGUAAGCAGAGCUCGACGACGCCGAACGCGAACGUACCAAAAUCGUGGGUGCCGAACAGAAGGAACCUAACGGACGAGCCUCUGUCCAAAGUGAAGAAAAUUUGA